AUGGAUAACCUGACAUUUACAAAUAACAUUCUCCUUGUGGAGGGACUGAAAGUUGCACCUCAGGCUUCCUAUCUUGUUUUUAUCUUCCUUUUCUUUUUUUACAUCUUUGCAAUGGGAUGUAACAUUGGACUAAUAAUACUGAUUGGAAUGGAGAAGAACCUACAUCAUCCUAUGCAUUUUCUUUUCUGUAACCUUCCAGUGAAUGAUAUAAUAGGGACAACUGUCAUUUUACCACGCUUAAUGCAGGAUAUUUUCAGACAGGCUUCAGAGCGCUAUAUAACAUAUGUGGAGUGUGUUAUUCAAGCAUAUUUUGUUCACAUAUUUGCAACAGCAAGCCACACUGCAUUAGUAACCAUGGCUUAUGACAGACAAGUGGCUAUAUGCAAUCCAUUGCUGUACACAACUAUAAUGACCAAUAAAAUGGUGGUUAAAUUAUCAGCAAUAGCCUGGGCGCUGCCUGUAAUUGUAGUGGCAAUUAUGAUAGGUCUCACUGUACACCUCUCUCACUGCAGAUCUAAAAUUGAAAACCCUUUCUGUGACAAUGCUUCGCUUUAUAAAUUGUCCUGUGAAAAUGUGGCCAUUAAUAACAUGUUUGGAAUUGUUUAUUCUGUGGGAGCACUCAGCAUAUCAUUGACAUUGAUGUUUAUAACAUAUAUCAGGAUUGUUGCUGUAUGUAUAAUUAGCAAAAACAAAGCACUCAACAGUAAAGCCAUAAAAACAUGUGGCAGUCACAUAGCCGUUUAUUUAAUAAUGUUUGUUUCUUGCGCCAUCAUGAUUUUUCUCCAUCGUUUUCCUGAAUACUCUGAAAACAGGAAGCUAGCUAGUAUAAUGUUUCAUAUUGUACCACCAGGACUAAAUCCUAUUGUAUAUGGUUUACAAACUAAAGAGAUAAGACAAAAGAUUGUUCAACUGGCGGAGCGGAAGACCACCACAUCCUUGUAGUCAAAGCCAGAGUCCCCCAGGGCGGAGCGGAAGACCACCACAUCCUCGUAGUCAAGGCCAGAGUCCCCCAGGGCGGAGCGGAAGACCACCACAUCCUCGUAGUCAAGGCCAGAGUCCCCCAGGGCGGAGCGGAAGACCACCACAUCCUCGUAGUCAAGGCCAGAGUCCCCCAGGGCGGAGCGGAAGACCACCACGUCCUCGCGGUCGAGGCCGGAGUCCCCCAGGGCGGAGCGGAAGACCACCACAUUCUUGUUGCCGACCCCAUGGGAGGACGAAGAUCACCGGUGACUUGAUUCAGUCCUCGAAGAUCACCGGUGACUAGCCUUGUCUCUGGAGAGUUCAUGGGAACCUGACUCGACUCUGAAAGGUCAAUAGUGACAAGCCCUGACUCUGGAAGGCCAUCGGUAACUAGCCCUGACUCUGGAAAGCCAUCUGUGACUAGCCCUGACUCUGGAAGGCCAUCUGUGACUAGCCCUGACUCUGGAAGGCCAUCUGUGACUUGCCCUGACUCUGGAAGGCCAUCGGUAACUAGCCCUGACUCUGGAAGGUCAUCGGUGACUAACCCUAGCUCUGGAAGGUCGACGGUGACUAACCCUGACUCUGGAGGGUCCACGAACACCUGACUCGACUCCGGAGGGUCAACCGGGAACUGACUCAACUCUGAACAGUCAAUGGGCACUUGACUUGACUUAAGACUGCCUGUGGAGACGUGAGACACCUCUGCUUUGGGCACUGCCUCUGGAACGGCCUCGGGCACCGCCUCAGUCACCACAUCGGGAACGGCCUCGGU